AUGUCGAUUAUCCACAUCGUAUUGUUCCAAUUCAAGGCAGACGUGGCUGCCGAAGCUAUCCGCGAUGUCUGUGGACGUAUGCUUGCCCUGAAAGACAAUUGCAUUCACCGAUCAUCACAAAAGCCAUAUAUCAUAUCAGCAUCAGGAGGAAAAGACAAUUCGCCCGAAGGCAUUCAGAAUGGCAUCACACAUGCGUUUGUCGUAGAGUUUGCGAGUGCUGCAGACCGAGACUACUAUGUGGAGAGCGACCCGGCUCAUCAGGCGUUUGUCAAGUCUCUGGACGGACUUAUUGAGAAGGCGCAGGCUAUUGAUUUCACCAAUGGGGUCCUUUGA